GUAGUCCAAAUGCCCCAUCGUCCCCGAAAAAUCCAGCGUAUUUCAAGGGCCUGUGACCUUUGCCAUCGACGUAGCAUCAAAUGCACGAAGACCCAAGGCCCACUCGAACCCUGUCAAAACUGCGUGGAUUUCGAUAUCCCCUGUACAUAUGAUCGUCCGUUACGGAAAAGAGGUGGUCGAAGAGGAGCCCGCCAAGGGGAACAGGAGCCUGCAUACCGACCGGGUGGCGACGUUGUCGCUACUACUAUCCCCUCUCGACCAGCCCAUUCGGCAGAUGAUCUUCAAGUUGGUGUGACUGCUCAAUUAUCGACAGAUGCUGAUAAUAAUUCCUGGGCAAUCACGGAUCCGCACUGUAGCUCCGAUUCACCGUUGACUCCCUGGAAGGCACUGGCAGUCGCCUGUCAUUCCGUGGUGCAGGAUCUUGCCCAGGUGUAUUUUGAGAUCGUUUAUCCGAUAUUUCCUCUAUUUCAUCCACCAUCGUUCUUGAGAGUCCUCCGCGAUGGAAAACAUCUUAAGGACCAGGGGUUGUUCGCCUCAACAAUGGCAAUGUGUGCCUUAGCCUCCGCACGCGCCAGGGAUGGCGGUCUAUAUUCGAACCAGCGAUCACGACCACAGUUGUCACAUCCGCCACCAGAGGUCUUUUGGACUGCAGCUAAGGAGUCUAUCCCUCGGGACCUGGCCGCAGCAAGGGGCAUCGAAUACAUGAGGGCAUGUGCGAUUCUCAGCAUUGCCGCCAUCCAGAAUGGCCAGAUCCGGGAUAUGCAUCAAUAUUUAGGCAUGUAUCACACAUUAAGCAUUAUGGAAGGGCUACAUGAUGAGAAGUUAUGGCCAAGAGACUUGAGUGUCGUGGACGUGGAAGUUCGACGGAGGCUGUUUUGGUCAAUGUAUACGCUAGAUGUGUUUUCGGCGACCGUAUUGGGAGGCACAAUUCGUUUCAGAGAAGUUCAGUCAAAUGUACGCUACCCCAGAGAGGUAAAUGACGAUGUGCUUGAUUCCGCGAUAGAAGCACCGAUAUCGGCGGAAUGUACCACACAUGAACCAUCGGUUUGGAUGCGAGGGUGGAAUUUUACCACUGACCUCUAUCGAAUACUGGAGCAUGCUAUUGACGGCCAGCGGCAAAUGCAGCGCGCCGCGAAUGAGAGCCCCUGGUCGUUAUUUCGCCCGACCCCUGUCCCGGGCCCAUUGAUUAUGGAGCAUGUGCAUUCCCUCUUCUCGGCGUUACCGUCGCAGCUUCAAUCAACUAAGCCCGCUACCGGUGAUCCUGAGCAUGAUAUUGUUGGAUUCCAGUCUGCUAACAUCCAAGCAACGCUCCAGCUUCUUAGCAUGGUCCUUUCUUCAAGUGAGGAUCAAGGUGUGGAGGAGAAAUGCGAGGUUGCGGGGAACGUGCUCAGCGUCUUUAGCACAGUGCCAAUUGAAUAUCUCAAAGCAAUCAGUUCUCCCCUGCUCUACCAUUUGGGAGGGAUUGGAUUCAUUCUUGGAUCUGUCAUGGAAGGAAGCCUCUCCGAGAUGUCUUACCAAAGAGUUCGCAAACUUCUAUUAGACAUGGCAACACUUUUGUCUCAAUUGGAGUCCGGACUCACCCGCUCCACUGGCGCCAGUGAACGACUCAGAUCACAGGUUAAGCGGAUAGACGACUACAUGGAUACGACUCGGCAUGCCAAUAUGCGCUCUGAGCAGCCAGAAAUUGAUCAAUCACAACACUUCGAAGGCUACAUACGACCUACCUCAGGCCAGCCAGCUGACUUUGAUGACCCACUAGCUUAUUUCGAAUUGCCUUCAGACUUACUGGAUGACUGGCCCUGGUCAUCCGGUGCAGGCUUAUUAGAAGGAAUAUUUCCGAUGGCGUUAAGGAAGACAGACGACUAA